AUGUCUAAUACAUGUCGUGUGAAUCCACUAGAACAAUUAGGGUCCAAGAGUCGACCCCCAUUUAAUAAUCAAAAUUGUGCAAACAUAUUAAAUCAGUCAACAAAUAAUAAUCCUGUAUUUCAACAUGAAUCUAAAGAAUCAAUUUUUUUCAACCAAGGACAACAGAAAUCAUUUGCUCAACAUGAAUCUUUUCCAAUGCAAAGUCCAAUACUACCAACACUAUCUAGAACACAUACAAUAACUGAUGAAGAUUCUCUUUCAGACGAAUGGUUAACACAGUUUUCUUCAAUGAAAGUUUAUGAUCCUUUAGAAUUUACUAAUGACUACAAAACUUGGUAUGACAAAUAUGUGUCAGGUAAAACAACUUCUGCUGGGACCAGAAUGCAGAAUUCUCAAAUGAAUCGAUUUGCUAACAUUGGAAAUCAAAGACCUUUAUUAACAAGAAACUACCAGUCUGGCUAUAUACCUGUUAAAAGAGCACAAACUGCGAUGUUUCAAAGAACAAUGACAACUCCACUAUCAGCACCAGCAACAGCAGAACAAUCUAUUGAUUCAUACUUUGACUUAGAGUUUACCAAUUUAGAAAAUGAGUUACACAAUCAACAAAUCAAAAACGAUUCUAACACUGAGAUAUCUACAAAUUUUGAACAAAUCGAAUUUCAAAAGGCUGCCACUGAUAUUGUUAAAACAUGUUCUCUUGAAAUUGUAUCUUCACCAAAUGAAACAAGUAGAUCUCAAUUACAAUCUAAGUUCGCCUCAUCCAAAUUUAUUGGGUUAAUGAGAAAAGUUAGUGAUGGUGUUGUGACUCUAAAAGAUACUAAAAAGGAAUUAUACACCCCAAAAACUGGUGAAGUUGUUGGAAAUGAAUAUUUUCCAAUCUUGGAUGAGGGACAGGAAGAAUUGUAA